AAAGUGGAUGCCAAGCAGGAAUUUUUUUCCCAAAGACUCAAGAUCAACAUAGACCAGCUCGCGCCCACCGUCUGAACCGGGCGGGUAACUGCCCGGUAACAACGGAAAGUCGUUUGUUAGUCUGUGGUCUGACUUCGGUUGCAAUCUUGACAGCAGCAGUGAUCGCCGGACGAAGAGUAAGUACCUCGAGUGAUUGGGCAAAAUGGCAAAUAUCAAAAUCUUCGGGGGCAGCUCCCAUCAGGACCUAUCCCAGAAAAUUGCCGACCGCCUGGGCCUGGAGCUAGGCAAGGUGGUGACCAAGAAAUUCAGCAACCAGGAGACCUGCGUGGAAAUUGGCGAGAGUGUGCGAGGAGAGGAUGUCUACAUAGUGCAGAGUGGUUGUGGCGAAAUCAAUGACAGUCUAAUGGAGCUUUUGAUCAUGAUUGAUGCCUGCAAGAUUGCUUCAGCCAGCCGGGUUACUGCGGUCAUCCCAUGCUUCCCUUAUGCCCGGCAGGAUAAGAAGGAUAAGGGCGGGGCCCCAAUAUCCGCCAAACUUGUUGCAAAUAUGCUAUCUGUAGCAGGUGCAGAUCAUAUCAUCACCAUGGACUUACAUGCUUCUCAAAUUCAGGGGUUUUUUGAUAUCCCCGUAGACAAUCUCUAUGCGGAGCCAGCUGUCCUGAAAUGGAUAAGGGAGAAUAUCUCUGAGUGGAGGAACUGCACUGUUGUGUCACCAGACGCUGGUGGAGCUAAGAGAGCGACCUCCAUUGCACACAGGUUGCAUGUGGCCUUUGCCUUGAUUCACAAAGAACGGAAGAAGGCCAAUGAAGUGGACCGUAUGGUGCUAGUGGGGGAUGUGAAGGAUCGUGUGGCCAUCCUUGUGGAUGACAUGGCUGAUACUUGUGGUACAAUCUGUCAUGCAGCUGACAAACUUCUCACCGCUGGAGCCGCCAGAGUUUACGCGAUCUUGACUCACGGAAUCUUUUCUGGCCCAGCCCUUGCUCGCAUCAACAGUGCGUGCUUUGAAGCGGUGGUCGUCACCAAUACCAUACCUCAGGAGGGUAAGAUGAAACAUUGCUCCAAAAUACAGGCGAUCGACAUCUCCAUGAUCCUUGCGGAAGCCAUCAAGAGAACUCACAACGGAGAAUCUGUUUCCUACCUAUUCAGCCAUGUACCUUUGUAAUAGAAUAACUUCAGGUUAUUCUAUUUUAAAAUAAGAUAAAAUAAAAAUAAAAAUAUGCCUUGCCCCUUG